CUUCGCCAAAGACUUGCUGUUUAACCAAGCACGUAGUAUUUUGAACGGCAUGGCGUGAAAUAAACCCAUCGUGACUAUCGCAGCCAUCUUUCCUCCACUACCCCUCGGCCUCCUUGCCCCGCAAAACUGCCAUGUCCUCCUCAUCCGCGGACGCCCUGGAAGCGCGUAUACCAGGCGCUUUUCCUGAACCAGCAGACGGGACGACGCAAGUUUCAACCCCUCAGUCUCUGGCCCAGCGGUUGUUCGAACGCCGUGCUGAGUACACUCGCCCGCGCGCUAUUCGCAUCAAGGUUGGAACGUGGAAUGUAGGUGGACUGAAGGACACCGACAAGGACCUUGCGACCUGGUUUGUGAAUAGCGAGGUACACCAACCUUCAACAUCUGCAACAGCUGGUGAUACGGAUGAUCCAGAGGACGACAGCCAAGCGCUCGUGCGUGACGGACAGGUCGGCAUCUACGCGCUGGGUCUGCAGGAAAUAGUCGACGUCUCUUCUGCCGCGGAGGCAUUGCGUCCGUAUGCCGAUCCCACUGUACCCAACCGGUGGAAGAACUCUAUGCAGAGCGCUCUACCGCCAGGCUAUCAGCUUAUUGCAGAGCAGCAGCUGGUUGGUCUGCUCCUCCUGAUAUAUGCCGCGCCCGCCGCCGUCCCCCACAUCAAGUCAGUUAGCACUACGAGCGUAGGGACCGGCUUGAUGGGCUACAUGGGUAAUAAGGGCGCUGUUGCCGCGCGAAUUGUACUCGGGGAGACCACGCGUCUUGUCUUCAUCAAUUCUCACCUAGCUGCUGGUGCCGAUAAGGCUGCGUUGGAUCGAAGAAACUGGGAUGCUUCGCAAAUUGUCAGCCGCAUCAGGUUCAGUCCCAUUCCGGAUGCUACGGGGUCAUCCCAGGGAACGAGUGAAGGCAUGGGCGAUGAAGACGUAGCCUUUUGGUUUGGUGAUCUGAACUAUCGGCUCGAAGGUAUUCCCGGAGAGGACGUUCGUCGGCUACUCUCGAUUCACACCCGCACACUCGGUCUUGACGCAGAGGUAGAGACGGCCAGCCAUGCCUCUUCAGAUGCAUCAUUAUCCACCGCCUCGAGGGCAGCUUCCUCAGAAGAAUUUUCGGAAAAUGACAUCGAGAUACCCCCAGAAUUGGAUCCCGCGUCUCUUCAGACAACUCUCUCGUCGCUACUGUCGCACGACGAGCUUCAUCAGUCGCAGAAGGCGGGGAAAGCAUUUCAUGACGGUUGGGAGGAGCCUCCAAUCCGCUUCCUCCCAUCGUACAAGUAUGACGUUGGCAAGGUUGGCGUCUUCGACUCCAGUGACAAGCGUCGCGGGCCGAGUUGGUGCGAUCGCAUUCUCUACCGCACGAAGGCGUCCAAGGACCAAUAUGAUGCGAGGGCCCGCGAGCGCGAAGAGGCGAGACGACGGGACGAGGAGCUGAAAGCCAGAGGCGUGGACCGUGCUGGCGAGGAUGAGGAGGAGGUGCUAUAUGACUACGACCCGGCCGCCGAUGGAGAUGGGGAUGCCACCCCGGACGAUUUCGAGUCUGGUCAUGAAUCGGAGCCAGAACCGACAGUUGGGAGCGAGGGCUAUGAUAGGCGCCUCAUCGUCGAACGAUAUGGUACUCAUCUGGAUAUCGUUUCUUCUGAUCACAAGCCACUGGACGCUGUAUUCUUGCUCACAUUCGAUGCUGUAGUUCCGCCACUCAAAGCUGCCGUUCGUCAAGACGUCGCGAAGGAGCUCGACCGGCUAGAGAACGAACAAAGGCCGUCCGUCACCGUCGUGGUGGAGCGGUCAUCGAUGGCUGUGGCCCAGGAUGAAUUCGCGGGCGCUGAUUUCGGGGAUGUUUGUUACUUGAAGCCGUCCCGCCGACAUGUCACUAUUGCAAAUACUGGCAGAGUGCCGGCGACCAUCUGGAUGACGGGAAAUACACCUACCUGGCUGACAGUUCGAUUCGACAAGCCGGCAGAUGAUGCUCUCAAGGGCAACAAUCACGGUCCUAGCGCACGGUAUACGGUGGAGCCCGGUGAAGCAUGCAGUGUCGAGCUCGAAGUUCAUGUGGCUGCAAUGGAAACUGUGCGACUUUUGAACAAGGGCAAAAUGUCCCUGGACGAUGUUUUGGUUUUGCACGUCGCAGGUGGACGUGACUACUUCCUGGCCGUCCGUGGUCGAUGGCUGCCGUCUUCAUUCGGACGCUCCAUCGAUGCGUUGGUUAGGGUGCCCCCAGGCGGCAUCCGCAAGCGCCAACCCCGGCCCACAGUGCUAGAAGAGGCGGUCAUGUGGUCGGUCCCGCGCGAGAUCUUCCGACUGUGUGAGGCCAUUGAACAGUUGGUUGAGCGAACCCUUGCCGAGUGGGCUAUGACUGCCCGCGAGCCUGAACGCGCUCCAUGGUACAACAACGCUGGAUGGCCGUUUGUCAAGGACCCGAGAUAUUUUGCCAAUAAUGCUCACGAGGAAGAGCUCAUGCUAAUAUGCGAAGCCCUCGAUUGCGGAACCUGUUUUAACUCGGCCUUUGAGCCCAAUACGACGCCCAUGCAGAAGCUCGAGUUGCUUUCAGAGGUGUUAUUGCGCUUCUUGAAGAGUCUGGAGGAUGGCGUGGUCACGGAGGCGAUGUGGAGGACCCUAGAUGACGGGUUUGCCACCAGGACCAAAUCGCGGAGAUCAUCAGAUGAUGAGAAGAUGUGGGCGCUCGAGGUGUUAUCUUCGGCACCACACCACAGUGCUUCAUUCCUCAUGCUCAUGACAACGCUGGACCGCGUCGCUUCCGAGAUUUGUAACGCUGCAACUCAAAAGCAGAACGCAACACUGUCAAAUAUAGAGCUUCCACGGUCUCCCCAGGUCUCUGUGCGGAGGGGAACACUGAGCAAAGCUCCGGAGAUUGCGACACGUCAACUCAUCGCCCUUAAUUACGCUACUGUGUUCGCGGAUGCAAUCUUCAGGUUGCCGCAGAUGGAGCGCCCUGGGGACCGGGAAAAUGCUGCCCGGAAAGACAGAGUCAUAGACAUGAUGCAGCUGUUUCUGAUAGACGGUCAUUGACUUAUACGGCGCCAACCGUUCAGGGCCAUGAUUAGCACUAACGAUGACUUGUGAGUUUGCCUGGCGAAAACAGGAAGGCUCUGGGCCCAGUUUAAAUGUGGGCUGCCUAUGUAACGAUGAGGGAGGUGAGUGAAGUAACAGGGACCACCACCACCCAUACAUCACUUCCAAGAGAUCUGGAAAACAUGGUUACCGUUUUGAAUGAACCUGAAAAUGCCUACCUUCAUAUCGCUUUCGUAGCCCGUGUAGCCCAUGACACCGACACGGCUGUACACGGAUGCAUCAAGCCUGUACAGUUUAUGCCCGUACUCUGUCUGACCUUAGUGCAUAGGACACUACAAUCGCCAGGUUAGACGCAAGAAUAGCGCGCA